UUUUAGUUCGGUGCACAAAUAUACAACCAUGGAGUCCAGAGGAUAAGUCAGCAUUUUUGACCAAAUGGUUCUUUCCUCAAAGUGUUAAUCUAAAAACAAAGGAGACAUGGAACACCCAACUUGUGUUGUGGAGGAAAUGAAGCAGUUUGUCAUACAUGGUGCUCCAUCAACAGUGUAUUACAUCCCAGAUUUCAUAUCAGAGGAUGAGGAGUCCUAUCUUCUGCAGCAGGUCUACAAGUCUCCAAAGACUAAAUGGACUCAGCUGUCAGGACGCAGACUACAAAACUGGGGAGGGUUACCUCAUCCCAAAGGCAUGGUGGCAGAGAAGAUACCAGACUGGCUCCACACGUACUGUGAGAAAAUUUCCUCUCUUGGUGCAUUUGGUGGGAAAACAGCCAACCAUGUGUUGGUGAAUGAGUAUAAACAAGGAGAAGGGAUUAUGCCUCAUGAGGACGGCCCUCUCUACCACCCUACUGUCACCACUAUUAGCCUGGGCUCUCACACCUUCCUUGACUUCUACACACCGGUCAGCAGCAUGGAAAAUGACGCCCCACAGACAGAGGAGAACCGUUACCUGUUCUCCCUGCUGGUGAAGCCACGCAGUCUUUUGAUCCUGCAGGAUGAAAUGUACCAGCGUCUCCUUCAUGGCAUCCGACCAUGCGAUCAGGACACCCUGACAGACAAGGUGGUGAACCUGUCAGCAGCUGGGGCCAUGCCAGGGGAGAUAAUGACACGGGACACCAGAGUGUCGCUGACUGUACGACAUGUGCCUAAAGUCAUCAAGACAAAACUCUUCCUGGGAAGGAAAUGAAGAAAGACUCUGUGUUGCCCUUAUAGGUUUUUACACCACAACAUAAUUGAGUUUGUCAGAAUAACAUAGAUUGUAACUAAAGAUUUCACCAACAGCAACUUUGACUUGAUACAACAUGUUUGGCGCAACACACUAUCUAUAAUAGACAUGUUAUAAUUAUACUGAUUGAUCUUGGUGUCAUUUACUAUCUUGAUUUACUUCACAGUAGAGUCAAUCGGGCAGGCUACUUUGAACAUGUAGUGCAUACAUAAUGUCAUCACAUUUCCUUGAAGAUUAAAUUCAAUGGGACGUUACUACGUACUAUACAUCCAGUCUGAGGAAGUAAAAAAUGCAAGUUGCACCAUUGGAAAUGUAUAAUCUAGCGUUGCAAUUUUGGCUAGUAGGGACCAGAAAUGAUGAUCAGCCUCUGCUACAUGUUUGUGAAUCUAUUUCUCUUAUUGAAUGAUCAAUUCCAUACUUGUUUGUUAUAAGUUGGUUAAAUGUAUGUUUUUUUAAAACAUGUUCUCUGCUUUACUAAAAUAUCUUUGCACCAUA